AUGGUUCGACAACUUUUUACAACAAUAAACCGGCGCAGUUUGUCGUCACUUACAAUGCUAUGCACCACGUUAACAUUGCUAAUUGAUUUAGCCAAUUCUUCAGUAUCAUGUGGCUCCGGUAUAAAAUCAGUUGGAGGAACGGUCCCAACUGGUGACAUCAUCCUAGAGUAUGGAAGUGGAGUUCCUUUGGAAAUCACGUGCAUCUUGCAAUCUGAUACCAUAAUAGUGCAAAACUUGUUACGUGAUCGAACGGACAGUUGUAAUAAAACCAAAUUUCCCAGCCACAGGAUCAUUUUUUAUAAAAACGCAGAAAUCGUACCAAGACAAUAUGUGUCAAUCGUCAACGCAACUGCUGCUCAACUCCGCAUUCCAAACCCCCCAGCUGGCCAAGAUACCUAUUAUUGCACACUAUUACUUGAUUACGAACGAAGUAAAAACGAAAGUUAUGAAGAUGAAGUUACUGGCUCGAACACGAAUGGAUCUCAUCUACUGGGGUCACAAGUUGGGGUUUGUUUAAAUAGAGUCUAUGUUGGAUAUAAACCAGCCAUUGUAAGAAAUUUUACAUGCAUCUCUGAAAAUUGGGCCAAUUUGAGGUGCAAUUGGAACAUAUCAGAGAACCCAAUCAAAACCACUUAUUCAUUAUUAUUUAGAUUACCCGGUCGUGCUGGAGGCAGAAUAUUCAUAAGUUGUCCGACGGAUUCAGAUAUUAGAGAGAAUAGUUGCUAUUGGGAUUUCAAUACUACGCCCAUGUAUAGACAGCCUUAUGAAUUUUACGAUUUCAGAUUAAAUGGCCAAAAUGUUUUAGGAAAUUCAUCUACGUUUUUCAAUUUUCAUCAUUAUGCCAACAUUAUUCCCGCGAGCCCUAUAAAUAUCACCGUGGUGAAUACAACAGAAUCGAGUGUUAUGUUGAGGUGGUCUGUGGGCACUAUGACAAACUUUCCACGGGAACUAAUUUAUAAGAUCGAAUAUAAGUCACAAUGGGAUUCCAAUCCCGAACCAUGGCAUUCUGUAAUUACAAGUGACGUGGUUUGUAGUAUGUCCAAUCAAACAAAUUCAUUUCUGUAUACUAUGAAUUGCCAAGAACGUAAUGAUGAUUAUUAUUAUUUUAAUGUCACUGAUCUAAAAUAUCCGUCAGCAAAUUACGAUUUUCGCAUGUACGUACGUUCUUCGCUUGCCCGCGGGGAGGAUAAGUGGUCACUUCCUGGUUAUAUAACUCUGAAAACCAAACCUUCGAUACCAAGAAGACCACCAAGAACUGAUAUUGGGAGCUUUGAGAGUCUUACGUCACGAAUCGACAAAUCCAAAAGAAACGUGUUCAUUUAUUGGCAACAAAUUGAUGAUAGUGAAAAAUGUGGUGACCUGUUUGAGUACCGUGCUUACUAUACUUCAACCACAGAACAAAACAAGUCCAUUAUUCACUAUAGCAAUGAAAUAUAUGAAAGUUAUGCCAAGUUUCAAGAACUCAGUACUUCAGUUGGUUACAACUUUACAGUGUACUCAUCGAACAAAGAAGGGUUGUCAACGGAAUAUUCAACAAUAUACGUACCUAGUGAAUCCCAGAGAAUUGAAAAACCAUUAUUACUGACAAAAAUGGUAUUUGAUCAACAAGGUGUUUUUGAACUAUCCUGGAAAAAUUCUGGUACUACGGAAUCGUCCACUGCCGAUGAACUGAAUUACUAUACAUUAUUCUGGUGUGAAAAUGUUAAUCAUCUUCCUUAUAAAUGUAAUGGUUAUAUGAACUGGACCCAUGUACCUGGCUCAGAAUUUCGCUGCAAUGUCACUAUAUUAAAUUAUAAUGUUAAAAACCAUUAUCAAUUUGCAAUAAGUGCUAAUAGUCGACGUUUAAUAAGUAAUGGAACCAAUAGUCAUAAUCAAAGCAAUUGUAAGAGUAGCGGAAUGGUGUGGGAAUCGUGUACAAUACAAAAUAAUAUAACUGCAAGAAAAGUUGAUAACGUUUGGGUUAGUGUGAUAAGCUCGACGUUUCUUGGCUUGAGAUGGAAUAUUGACUGUACUGACAGAAUAGGUUUAGUUGGGGAAUAUCAAAUAUUUUACUGUGCUGUUGUUUCCGCAAAGAAUCACAUUUGCAAUGGAACCAUGUUAUCCAAAAUAAUGAGCAGAGAAGCGGCAAAAAAAGACGGAGGUUUUACAUUAUUAACAAACCUUGAGCCUAAUACUACGUACAUUGUUUCCAUAGCAAUAAGUACAAACUAUGACAGUAAAGGAAUACACAGUGAUGCAUUACUAAUUACCACAUUAGGCUUAGGAGGAGGUUGGUAUUUAAAACAAGAAUAUCCCACAUAUAUGCAACAAAUAAUGAAACAUAAUUUUUAUCCUUAA